AUGUCAUUACCACAAAAGAAAUAUUAUCGACAGCGAGCUCAUUCGAAUCCAUUAUCAGAUCAUUCAAUUGAUUAUCCUAUUCGACCAGAUGAUAUGGAUUGGUCAUCACAUUAUCCAUCAAUAAUAAAAUCUCCUGAACAAUCUGCCGAUGAUGAAUCUUCAGUUUCUAAUAAACGACGAAAAUAUGAAAAUCAAUUGAUUGAAUUUGUUGAUAUUGGUUGCGGUUAUGGUGGUUUACUUGUUGCACUUUCACCAUUAUUUCCUGAUAAAUUAAUGCUUGGUAUGGAAAUACGUGUGAAAGUACUUGAUUACGUUCUUGAUCGUAUCUGUGCUUUACGUGAACAGUAUCCAGGACAAUAUACAAAUAUAAAUUGUUUACGAACAAAUGCAAUGAAAUAUUUACCAAAUUAUUUUCAUAAAGGUCAAUUAACAAAAAUGUUUUUUCUUUAUCCAGAUCCACAUUUUAAAAAAGCAAAACAUAAAUGGAGAAUUAUUAAUAAACAACUACUUGCUGAAUAUGCUUAUUUAUUACGUGUUGAUGGUUUAGUUUAUACAUGUACAGAUGUAUUAGAUUUACAUCAAUGGAUGUGUUCAUGUUUUGAACAAUUUCCAUUAUUUGAACGUAUAAAUAAUGAUGAUCCAUUAAUUAAAAAUGAUCCAUGUAUUGAACAUGUUGUUGGUUCAACUGAAGAAGGGAAAAAAGUCGAACGAAAUAAAGGUGAUAAAUAUUUGGCAGUAUUUCGUCGAAUUGAAGAUCCAAGUAUGAUUAAAUCAUCCUCUGAUUCAUAG